CAGCCCCUUUUUGCUGCCCACCAAGACAACUACGCCCUACCACUCCUCCCCCCCACCACUCUCCCCCUUCUCGUUCCCCCCACCCCCUCCCCAAUGUCCGCACCCCCACAGGUGGCAUUCAGCGGAAUUGAGUCUACCUGCCGUUGCAUUAUGCGUUCGUGUUUCUCUAUCAGGUGCCCGUCCUCAAGCUGACGGGAGGAGAUUCGGCCGGCUCACUCAACGCCUCGCGCACCAGCAGCCAUACCCCCGCCGAUGACACCACUCGUCACGAACGACGCGAACGCGUCGAGGUAGGUGACCUGGGAGCGAUUCAGACAGGCCCCACGACACAUUAUCGCCUGUUACCGUUGUCACGCAGAAACUCAGACGAGAGCGGACACAGAGGCUUCGGGAGCGGCAAUCUCGCGUGGGGCAGCUCACAGUGCCUCAGAACGAGCCCGGAGUCCAGCGUCCGAUCACGCCCCGAGAGAAGCUGCAGCAGUCCGUGCGGGGCAUCACGUCGGCCAGCUACCUGAAUUCACUGCUUCGGGGUAAGGGACGGGUGAAGAAGGCCACGGGAUCGGCCACCGGGGCGGUGAUGCCACCGCACCUGACGGAAGAAGAGGCAUCCCCUUCAAGCAGAGUAAGUCAGCUCCACGCAGCGGUCCCAGAGAAGUCUCAUGUCUCGUGUGUUUAUCGACAGCCACCGAAGGCUCCUGGGCCGCUGAGAUCGGCUUCCCGUCGCGUCUCUCAGUCGCCCAACAUUGGGGCACUAGGUGUCGGAACCAUCCCAGAGCAUGACGAAAGCAAAGUGGGCAAAGGGCACUUGCAUGUCGGGUGAACGGAAAGGCCGUGCUGUGCUGCUAUCUCUUUGUUCAGUUCGGGACUGUACCGGCGAGUCUCUCUGGCGCUCGUUCUCGUCGCACAUCUAGAAUGACUCCAUUGCCGCCGUUGCCAUCCGUGACUCGUUGUAUUCGUAACGGAUACGGAUGUGCAUGCGAUCGUGUGUGUGUGUCUGCAUGUUGAUCAGACCAAGGAAGCUGUUCAGCAAUCGAUGCCAAUGUCGUCCAAGGGCUCGUCUGUCAUGCCCACCUCAUCUGCAGACAAAGAAGCAGACACACCUUCAUCAGCGGUGAGGCGAAGAGAGCAUGUUGACAUCUUGCCUUUCUUCCUCUCAUCCCUAUGCCAUGCCUCUACCUAUGCAUCCUGCUUCUUAGACGCGCAAAGAUGAGCAAGUACGUCCGCGUGCUCCGCCACUGCCCGUGCCUCCCAGGUAUGUACCGCCUGAGCUCCGAGAGUGGGUGCCAGAAGCCCUCAUACCCAAGCAAGUGCCCAAGCCUGCGGAAGAAGAUGUGCGUCGCGGGUCGAUUGCGUUUACGUCCGGGCCCGGUGAGGGUCAGAAGGCGCGAGGGACGAAGGGUUUCGAGGAGUUCAGACAGCAACAAGUGGAGGGCGAGUCGUCAAGGAGACAUAGCGGUCAGGGCCGACAGAGAAACACCAUGGAAGACCUCAGACGUCAGGUAGCCCUUCUUCAACUCAUGUCCAUCUGUCAUCCAACCAGUGUCUGCUUUAGGUGUCUUACCUCGAGCAUUGUGUUGAGGAUCUCGAAGGAGAGUUGCAAGCCAAGGACGACGAAAUCGACAUGCUCAACCGAAGGGGUGCUGGCGAGAUUCUCAAGAAACGACAGGUGCACCGCGACAGACCGGAAAACAUCCAUUCUCCCGUUGUCACGUGUGUGUGUGUGUGUGUGUGUCUCACAGGACCUGGAUGAAGACAUAGCUGCUGAAUGGGACGAGAUGGUUGAGGAGAUCACAGUGUUGCGGAAGCAGCUGGAGCUGCACCGCACUGCACAGGAGGCACACCAGGCCGAAAGCGAAAAGAACCUGACUCUCCUCGAAGAAGCACAAAAGGUGACCGACAGUGACCGAUUGACACUUUCGUCUUAUCCCUCAAUGAUUCGCUGCUGGCGUGCCAACGGCUGGCAUCAGGAGCUGGAGAUUGUGAGAGAGGAGAAGGCGGCACUCAAGCGGAGUCUGCAGGAGGUAAAGCAGGAGGUCAAGACCAAGGAGAAGGAGGAAAAGAAGGCUGCCAAGGAGGAGCAGCAACAGCAGGAGCAGCAGCAGGCCGCAGCUGGACGUAUACAGACCCCCAGAACGGCCAGAGGACCCGACACGCAAGUCCUGUAAGGAGAACACAUAUAGAGACACACGGCAAGCCAAGAGCACAGUGACAUCGUGAAGUGAGUGUUUGUUGUCAGGGAGUUGAAGAUGAAGGCGCUGAACUCAACCGUGCUGGCCCUUGAGAAGAAGUGCGAGGCCCUCGAGACACAAGUCACCUAUCUGACGGAGGAGAAGGAGGAGCUUCAGAGCCUCCUGGAGGCCUCACGCAGGGAUCGAUUCAACCAGCAGUCCACACACCAGCUGCAACUCGUCUCCAAGAAAUCCGACGUACAUGAGGAUACAAAACCAUGCAGAAAAGAAUGAAACAAAGGACAGCAUCUCAAAUUGUGCUCCGUCGUUUUGUGUUCGUGUGUCAGGUGAAGGAGGCCGACAUAAAUUUUGCCAAGGAGCUCAAGUUCCGUUCCAAAUGGGAUGAUGCGUCGCCGCAGUCGAGAUUGGGCAGCCGAAGCCAGGUGGCCAUCGAAGACGAAUGCGAGAUACUCAGAGAAAACUGCAAAGUAAGCAUGCACAGCACAUACUCAAGGGGAGUGUGCAUCACAUCACGUGUCUUUCGGUUCGUUUAUUCAGGACCUGGAAGAGGAAAAUGACGAGCUGAAACAAGAGGUAGAUGACCUGCUAGACGAGAUUGAAGACCUCCGGGCACAGAUCGAGCAGCAGAAGCAACAAGGUCAGUCACACUUGCCUUUAUUGUACCUGAAUGAAUCUGAAUAUAUAUGUGUGUCUCCUGUAUGAAUGGUCAGACUCCGCUGCAUCGGCCCAGCCACCCCGUCCUCUGGUCCCACAACUGAAGCUCGGCGGCGUUGAAGAGAAUGUGCGGGCCAUGGUUCAGAAGCAUGAGGAUUUCAUAGAGCGCGCCAGCCCCCCACCGUCGCCAACCAACACGAGCAAAGCCGCCAACAAGACCAGCUCGGCGUCAUUGCGGUCAACUGCAGGACAAGGGGUGCUGGACGCUGCGGACACCCAGAAGACGAUCAGUGGCCUGCCUCAGCAGGUUGAAGAAGGAAACAGGACCAUCGAGGCUCUGAGAGCGAGAGAGGGAGAGCUUGAAAGGGAAUUGCAGAAGACACAAGAGGAAAGACAGGUACGUAACCACAAAAAGCAAGACGUCAAGAGGACCAGUAGCGAGAGACACCAUGCACCUCUACUGUCCUCCUUGGUCCUUUCAGGCUACUGAAGGGGCGGAAAAGUCUUCUGCAGCCAAGACAGCCGAGGCAAGAUAGAUACACAAUGUGGUGUCUCACGCUGUAUUCGUUCUCUGCUGUGGAUUUGUCAGCUGCAGGAGAAGCUCCGUCUGCUGGAGGACAAGAAUCAGUCUCUGGAGAGUGAAGCGGCCAGACUCUCUGGCCUUCAAGACACUCUCAAGAAGAUGGAAGACGAGCUCAUCACCAAGACGGAGGCCGCGCAGCAGCUGGCAAAGCAGCGCGACGAGCUGCAGCAACAGCUGGACCAGGGGGAGGGGGUGGCAGGCAAGCUCAGGGAGCAGCUGACAAGCAAGAGCGAUGAGAUCGAAAAGCUUACGACGACGAUCUCGGUGGGAUGACAUGCUGCGCGCAAGGUUUUGACGCUGCAGCCGUCAUGUGCUCUGUGUGCAUAUCUCCCUUUGCAGACAAUCGAAGAAGACAAGAGGAAACUGCAGGAGUCGACAAGCAAACUGCAGCUAGAGAACGAAGAGCUGACGGCGACGAUCGCGUCUCUAAAGUCUUCAUGCUCCGCGCUUGAAUCACAGCUGUCGGCAGAAAAGCAAGUACGUAGGCUCUAUCUGCAAAUGUGUUCGCGUCUUAUAUGGCAUGUCCUUUCUGUGGCUGCAUCGGUUGAUGUCAGGGAGCCCAGCAGGGAGUAGAGACGGCAGAAAAGCAGCUCUCCAAGCUGCGGGCCGACAUGGACGAAGUCACGCUACAAAACAACGUAAUACGCUCCUUGUCCCUUCACUCACAUCUGUGCGCGCAUAAACGACCAUUCUGGUUUCCAACAGGCGGCGACAGACGAGCUCAAGAGACUCCACGAGAGCCAGAUAGAGCAGGACAAAGCCCAGCAGCAGCUUACGGCUGACCUCGCAGCCGCAAACUCUGCCAAGAGUCUCUUGGAGGCCGAACUAUCCGCUGCGAAGGCAGCUGCCAGUGCCACUUCAGAGGAGCGCGCGAACGCAAUGGCGGAAGUGGAGAGCGCACUGGCGAGUGCGCAGCAAGCCGUGGCUGAGAAGGAAAGGGAAAUCGAGACACUAAAGACAGAAAGGAAGGUAUUACCAAUCACUAGUCCAGCGGCCAAGAGCCAUUCGCCAUCCCUCUGUCUGUCAUUGCUGCUUGCAGACUGUGGACGACCAACUGGCGGCCGCCCUUUCGGCCAAGAAGGAUCUGGAGUUGGAAGUUUCGUCAUUGAAGUCAGCUGCAGGACAAGGGGUGCUGGACGCUGCGGACUCCCAGAAGACGAUCAGUGGCCGGACCAACCAGAUCGAAGAAGGAAACAGGACCAUCGAGGCGCUGAAAACGAGAGAGGGAGAGCUUCAACGGGAAUUGCAGAAGACGCAAGAGGAAAGACAGGUACGUAGGCACAAAACGGCAUGCGAGCGAAGCAAAGCGUGCAUGGUUGUGGGUUGCCGAUGAUGUCUCUCCUUCAGGAGCUCCAAGCUCAGUUUGAAAAAUCCCAGGAGGAGAGCGCCCACUACAAGGCUGCACACGAUGAGACCGUGCAGAGGAUUCACACACUGACCGGGGAGAAGCAGGUAAGCCUAACAUCAAUGGAUGGAUGAAAAGAGACACGAUUGACGCUUGUGUGUAUGUGUGUGAGUGUGCUCUAGGCGCUUGAGUCAGAGAUUGGCCGCAUUACAGCGGAGAAGGAGAAUCUGCAGAGUCAAGUCACUGCCGCAUCCGCCCACACAGCCCCUUCCACCGUAAGUAAAAAAACACGCUCCUCCAUGCAUUCAUUUGUGUGGUAAGUGCUUGCCGGAUGGAUGUCUCUGUCUCUAUUGCAGGCCACGCUGCGUCGACUCAUGGCCGAGUCGGCGCCUGAGGGGAUCGACGCGAGGGCGAGAGUCGCGGCUUUCAACUUGUACAAGACCGACCCAUGGAGCCGCACCGACGAGAAGUUGAACUACUGGGAGGUGAGGUGCAUUCAUUAACAUUCUUCACGGAUUCAUGUAUGCCUGUAUUUGUGUCCCAUAUUGUAUCAGGGGAAGUCGAAUGUUCUUGAACAUUACCUGGGGGAAGUAGUUGUGGAAGUCCGACACAUUUUUGCAUUUUGACUUCUCCAUACGCCUGCUGUCACUCUGUAUUGUAUGUGUGUGUGUGUGUGUGUGUACUUGCUCCUGAGAACGGACGGACCCCUUUUGUUGUUUCCUCUUGUCAAGCCUGGAUGGGUGGGCGGAUGGAUGGAUGGAUGGUGUGUCUGUCUGGUUUGUUCUUUCUCUCUCUCUGGCUAGAGACUGCGUCGGCGGGAGCGGGGAAGGUGUCCGCCUGUCCGUCCGUCUGUCUGUCUGUCUGUGUUGGUUCUCUUGUACCAUACACCAUGUUAAGAUGAUUCACGCGCACCCACCCAUCCACGCACAACACGCAACACACGCAGGCAGACGUACAAACACACACACACACACACACACCUUCCAGCGUAUGCGCAGACGUAUUUUGUCCGCCUGUUUGGAUAAUUGGUCGAUGUACACGUGCCACCCCCGUGUAUGCGUGUGUGUGUGUGCGUGAGAGAGAGAGAGAGAGAGAGAGUGUGUGUGUGUGUGUGUGUGUGGAGUGAGUGAGUGAGUGAGUGGACGAAUGAAAACGCGCCAGCACUGCUGAUGUUCCAUAGUAUUGCUGGCUGGCUCGCUACACGUGCCGAAUAGACGGUCGCCGACGUAUGUCUGUCUGCCUGUGUCUGCGCAUGGCAUCCGGUAGAUAACGAUGCGCACUCUCACUCCCUCGUGUAUGGAUCGAUCCACCUGGCCGUGACUGAUGGUGUCGUCGUUUUUUUCCCAUGAUGAGUGUAAUGACGCACACACCACCACACCACCACACAGUCUGGCCGGCCACCCCCUCCCCCUCCUCGUGUCUGUCUGCCUGUCUCUCUGUUCAUCUCUUCUAGCUAGUGCCUGCGCCCGUGCGUGUCGGCUGGCCGGUGGACGGACACGUACCUAUCUACUCGGUUGGCAGAGAGACAGCAGAGGUCAGGACAACCCGGUUUGACUAUCUUUCAAAAGUGAGUGAGUGAGUGAGUGAGUGAGGGAUGCUGCGUGGGGAUGGCUGUUUUGAUAGAAACGGACAGAGAAACGUGUCCAGUUUUGCCUGCUGAUUCGUGAGAGACACCGCUAUCUGAAUCGUUGCCCCCCAAUGACUCUCUUAUUGUUC